AUGACUGAUACUCCUGCCAAUUCUGGUUCGUCUGUCGCAACGAGGAGAUCCUACACGCGCGAGUUUAAGCUAAAAGCUCUGGAGUGGUAUGAAACAAAUGGCAGGAAUAUUUCGGCAACUGCAAAGCAAUUCAAAGUCGCUCCAAAACGAAUUCGAGAAUGGCAGAGUUUACAGGAGCACAUUCACAAUCAAGCUGGAGGAUGCCGAUCUAAAGGCCGUGGACGAAGUUCCUUUUUCCCCCUUAUGGAGAAGCAACUACACAAAGACUUCCGUCAGCAGAGGUUAGAGGGGAAGAGGGUGAAGUGGUGGUGGUUUACAGUUCGUGCAAAGGUCUUGAUGAAAGAACUGUAUCCUGAUGUGUCAAACUUCAAAUUCUCAGAGCACUGGUUCAGAAGAUUCCGUGUUCGUUUCAACUUGAGCUUCAGGAAGAAGACCCAUGUUGCUCAGAAAGCACCACAUGCCCUCGUUCAAUCCAUUACCUAUUUUCAUCAGAAAAUUCAUGCUGUUCGAGAGAGUGGUGUGUUUUCUGCUGCUGAUCUGGCAAACAUGGAUCAAAGCCCAUUGCCUUUUGUCUUGGAUGAUGGAAAGACGUACAAUGAGACUGGUGCAAAGGAAGUGUGGUGUGCAAGUGCAGCAUCAGGUCUUGAAAAAAGGCAGUGUACAGUGCAGCUGACUGUGUUUGCAGAUGGUAUCAGUCGCGUGAGUCCGUUGAUUGUGUUCCGGGGCCAACGCAAGCGCCUUGCUAAGAAGGAGAAGGAUGGGUGGCAUCCACGAGUCCGUGUUAUGUUUCAGGUGAAUGCGUGGAGUGAUGGGGCGGUCAUGAAAGAGUGGAUCGAGUCUGAAUGGGGCAACGUCUUCACUAACUCAUCUUCUUCGUCCACUGGGAAGAUUUUGGUAGCUGAUAUGCAUCGUGCACAGCAGACAGACGAGGUGAUUGAGCUGCUGCGUCAACGCAAAACAAUCAUGGUAUCCAUACCUGCAGGCUGCACAGGUCGCAUACAACCACUCGACGUGUGCAUACAUAAACCAUUCAAAGAUACAGUUCGAGCAGAGCACAAGAGGCACCAGCAAGAGAACCUAAACCUGUACACGGAGAACACGAUGUCGACUUCUGAGCGACGUAUCCUCAUCACGAAAUGGGUUGUGAAUGCCUGGCAGAAGGUGUGCUCCCACAAAGACAUGGUUAUCUGCCCCUUCAAGAAGUGUGGCAUAUCUGUGAACCUGGAUGGCAGUGAAGACAAGAAUGUAAAUAUCGAAGACCUCCCAGAUUACAAGUAUCAGAUGAUGGUGGACGAGAGUGAUGACAACGAGCUCAUGGAAGCUGGAUGCAAUGCUGCUGCUGCUGCUGCUGCUGAAAUUGAGUUGGUGGACAAGGAAGAUGACAACGAGGUAAUGGCAGAUGUUCAGCCAGCUGGCAACGCUCCUGCUGUUGAGACUAUGGACAUUGGUGACUGA